AUGAGAUCUUCCACUGUGAGUUCCAGUACGCAGAAAACAAUCAGGGACGUCUGUAUCACCAGAGUUUUGGCCAUUGACGAGUCCGAGGGUAAAGGCGACCACAUUAGUAUCAACAACAACACUGUAGAUGUGUUGGCUCCAACAAAGGAUAUACGGCGGAGGUUCAAAUUUGACUAUGUUUCUGUGCUGCCCGAUCUAAAGUAUUGUGUGCAUGCAGCCGAGUUGAUACAACUGAAUCAAAGUGUUGUCUUUAUCGCAUUCGGAGACCUCCUGGGUAGAAGCCGUAUCGAGCCACUUGUGAGACACUUCAAGUCGCAACUUUCCUUUCCGUUAAGAGUAUCAGUUACUAGAGUACACCCCGACAGAAUUGAAAGUUUUGAAACGGCAGAAACUGAACGAAGGAGCACCCGUCGGUCUUCACAGACAACUGCGUGUGAGCUAUCUACAUGUGACAGCAUAGAGGAGUGGCUGGGGCCACAAGGAUAUAGAGAGUUCCACCUCAUAGUGACAUUCGAGACUCUGCAAGGAGCCAAAGUAACGUUUGUUGAGGUGUCUUCGGCUCAGCCGAAUCAAUUGUCUCCCUCGAAACAAGAGAUAUUUGUGAACACCAGUUUAUCCACUUUAGUCAAUGUUUUGCGCCAAAUCAAUGAGGAGAAAAAGCAUAUUAGCUUUCGCGAUUCCAAAUUGACUAUGGCGCUCCAGAAACCAAUCCAAGAGUGCUCAGAGAUAUACUUUGUGGCGUUCAUAACCAGCUCUUCCAGCCAUACCAAGGAAACUCUAAGCACUCUUGGAUACGUGCAGUCACUUUGCGACGAACCAUACAAUACUGUGGCAGUUGUUACUCCUGAGCGUGAGAAUAUUCGUGAGACCUUUCACAGUCUUGAAGAGAAGAUCAAGUUUUGGCGUCAGCGGGCCUCUUCUGUCCAGGCUGAGAGUCAAUUGAAAACAUUGAGUCUCUCUGGACCUCAUUCGGCUCCUGCUAGUCCUUUGGCGUUGCGAUCAAAGCCAUCAUCGGAUGAAGUGGACUGCCUCAGAGCACAAGUUAUAUACUUGAGGGCGAGACUCAAGCUAUACGAGCUGCGUGCAGCUAAACAGAAAAAACAGAGAGCUAAAACAAAAGCCUUUGUUUAUAUUGCCAUCCUGUGUCUUGUACUAUGGCUAUUACUGUCACCCAUUUAA